AUGUCGUGGAGGUCGGGGUCGAGGACGGGGAUGAGGGACUCCUCUCCCUUCUCUACAUCUCCCUCUUCCAGUACACCUACGCCUCCAUCGUCUUCCAUUCGACCCCCUUUACGUUCAUCACCUUCGGUCCCUUCUUCUUCCGCACCAUUGGUUCGACUUGCAGAUUCUUUGAUGGUUGCACCAUCCCCUUCUACCCCAAAUCCACGUAAGGCUCUUAAGCUGGUGAAUAGGCAGAGUGAGACUGGUGGUCCAGGAGCAGGUCCUUCUAGACACACUAGUGGCUCCAUAUCUGCGGCAGAGGUCACUAGGUGGCUGCCUGAGGGUGGAGAACAGCCGAUUGUUGAUGAGCUGCAAUUAUAUUGGGAGGCCGUGGGUGGCGAGAAGAAGAGGAAGGCGUACGACAUCGGGUCACAAGCACCUCAUUACUAUGCACAAUCAGGCUUUGCAUCUACAAGUGCUUCCACACUAACACAGCUAGACUCUACUAGUCCCGAGGAGAUGUCCGAUACACCUUCAGUUUCUUCUUUUGUACAUCCUCAUUCAAUGGAUCCACCAGCACCAUCAGAUGUAGUUGCAGUAGAUCCUACUUCUCGUGCAUCUCUCAUGAUUUUGCCAUCACCUACCAGCAUUCCAGUGCCUACUCCCGUCCCUAUAGAGCCUAGAGCCAUCACUACAGCUCCUCAUAUAGACACCUCUUGGUCAUAG